GGUAUACGUUUAAUACAAUAACAAAGUCGGUGACCAAAAAAAUCUUUAUAUAAAAGCAUAGUGUAUGAGAUAAUAUAAAAUGGUUCGGCCAUCCCAAACACUACGGAGGGCCCAAAAAGAAUGAGCCGAGAGACAGCUAUAGAGAGCUUCAAGAAAUUUCAACACACAUGGGUAGAGCAGCUACAACACCACCUGAACCACCUGCGCUCCGUUCAAAACCACCACCGUAACUCUGCUACCGGUGACGAGGAACGGCUGAGAGAAGCGGUGGAGAGAGUGAUGGAACUUUGUAGAGAGUACCACAGGGCGAAGUUGGCCACGACGGAGAAAGAUGUGGUCGGACUUAUGGCUGCUCCUUGGUCUUCGGCUCUUGAACGGUCACUCCAUUGGGUUGGUGAUUGGCGACCAACGACCUUGUUUCAUCUGGUUUACACCGAGUCUAGUAUUUUGUUUGAGUCUCGUAUCGUUGAUAUUCUCCGGGGGUUUCGUACCGGUGAUCUCAGUGAUCUAUCUCCUUCUCAAUUCAGGUUUAAAUUUGUCAAAGGCAGGACGGUGAGUGAGCUACAAUGUGAGACGGUAAAGGAAGAGAAUGCGAUAACGGAAGACUUAUCAGAGUGGCAAGACGACGCGAGCGAGCUGGUUAUGGGAACGGUGUCCAAUCUUGACCAGAGGAUACGACGGCUAGCAGAGAUCGUUCAUCGAGCCGAUGAUCUACGACUGAGAACGAUCACAGGUGUGGUGGAGCUCCUAAGUCCGCUGCAACAAGCCGAGUUUCUCAUUGCUGCGGCUGAGCUUCGUAGGGGGGUUUCUGGUUGGGGGAGUAGCCAUGACCGUCGUCGAAGUGCCAACGUCUAAAACGCAUGUUAAAACGGUUUUGGAAAGCUAAUAAGAAUUGAGAGGAUUUAAUAGUUAUAGAUAAUAAUUAUAUGUGUUUACCAUGUUUUUAUUUCCAAAUUGAGUUUGGUUUUUACAUGGUUUAUGAAAUAUGGAAAACUGUCUUAUG